AUGACGCCGCAGCCGCCGUCGCUCUCUGGUCCGGGUCCAGAUUGGCACGUCGCGCGCAGUGCACCGUACUGGCUCCAUCGGCUCGGAGCGGAGACUCCGGAACAGGCUCCAGAACAGAUCAAAGAACCCUCGGAACCCCCUGCUUCAGCACCGGUCACUAUGGUGCGGCCGUUACUAGUGAUAAAUGGAACGGUGAUGGUGGUGAUGGUGCUACUGCUACUACUGCUAAGUGCUUCACCGGCCGCAACGACGACAACUGCGACGACCACUGCGACGACAGCGAAACGGCGGGUUAUCUUCUACAACCCGGCGGCACCGGGCUUCAGCAACGAAACGACCGUCAACACGUCCAACGUAUUCGACGCACCGAAACUGUGCAAACCGGGCUAUAACCUCGAUCGCCACAAUCGGUGCCGGAGGGUGAUGAAACCAUAA